AUGAUAGCGGGAAAGAACGUAAACAAUAACAAACGUCAAUAAUAACAUGGCGAAUUUGCGUUGCUUGUGAAUUCUAAAGCUGUAGCCAAACAUUUUUCGCUUGAUUACCCUGAAACUCUUAGUCGUUGCAUCAUUUCAGUUCUUGGAGCACUCUUCAACUUCAAUAAUGGAUGGCCAAUCAACAAGUGAUGGAAGAACUACAAGUUUUCCCACAACAAUCCGUGGUUUUGGAUAUGAUUUCAAUGAAGAUGGCAAGUUGAGGAAAAUGGAUCAAUCAGGAAAACUUACAGAUGUUCCAUACGAUUUUAAUGUCAGCUCUGAUCACACAUACAAUCAGCGCCGAUAUGAAGCUCUUGGAGAGCUCAUAACAGAACAUAUUUACGUACUCCUGGAAAAAGAAGGGCUGCAAAAAUUACCUGUUCCUAAGGAUUCCGCAGAGGAAGAAGGAAGUUUUAUUUACUGCACAAAAAAUGCCCUGAAGAAGGAAAAUUUAAUGCUAUUAAUUCAUGGGAAUGGAGUUGUAAGAGUCGGUCAAUGGGCACGAAGUUUGAUAAUCAAUGAAAGUAUUGAUUCUGGAUCAAUGCUACCGUAUAUUCGGAAAGCUAAAGAAUUAGGUUUUGGAGUCAUAUGUUUCAAUACAAAUGAUAAUUGGAAGGUGCUGGAUGGCAAGAAAUCUUCCAUCAAGGGAAGUGAAAGUCCAGAAGAACACGCAAUAUCAGUGUGGAAAGACUACAUUCAACCUUCCAAAGCCGCUAAUAUUGCUCUAGUGGGUCACAGUUAUGGUGGUGUUGUGAUUUUUAAUUUAAUCUCACAUUUUGAGCAAGACUUUAUGAAUCGUGUCUUUGUAGUAGCCCUUACUGACUCAGUUCACCAUCAGUUUUCAAACAACAGUCAUUUACCUUCCAGUCUACAAAAUCGUAUUUUUCAGAUCAGUCGGAAUUGGGUCAAAAGCACCGAACCAUUAGAUGCCCCUAUCAGAGACGCAAGUGAUUUUAAAGAUGUUACCCGAGUAUCAGCAGGUACACCCAAACAUGAAAUGACCAGUUGGAGCUGUAUGGAAUCUCUCUUCAAUUUUGUCAUGGAGCGUUUACCGCUUGACUCAAGAGAGUAGCCCGAAAUUUAAGCUAUAAGUUUUUCAUGGGUCUCAUCAAUGUUCAAAUGUCUGCAUAUUUUCCUAUAAAAUGAUUAAAUGAUCACAAAUGCAUUUUGUCACUUUGUGUGGAUGUAAAGUUUAUUUGCAGUGUGAGGUAGUGUCUGUAUAAAGAACUCUGUACAUUUUGAUCAAAGAUCUCUAUCUAAAAUUUUUUUCCGGGGCUGCAGAAGGUUUAACUCUUUGUACCCAAGAUGCGGAAAAUUGAGGAAAGAAUGAAGAUGAGAAAAAUGAAUUUAUAGCUCAAGAAAAUGUUUCUCAGGACUAGUCGGUGGCUGAGAUGACUAAAUAUUGAUCCCGCUUUUUGUCAUUCUUUACUUUUAGGUUCUUCAGGGAUUAUUAUUUUUCUUGUUAAUUUUACUUGAGCGGUCAGACCGCGUUGAAAAUAAGUAUGGUAAGUUCUUCUUGAUUUCGGACUCACAAUCAAACAGAAAACUGAGUGAUAGUAAUCCGAUGAUCAGAUUUAGGCAACAUUUACUAUGUUUUUGGUUCAAAUUUACUGCGGUAUGUCAAGUACAGUCAGGAUUUUAAGUGUUUUCUCUCUCGUUCAUCUAGACGAGUUUAAAAUCAGAAAACCAUUCAGUAGAAAUUACGAUUUUUUUUUUUCUUUUUUCAUCACUGGUUUCCGUAGCAUAUCAAAACUUCUGAAAGAGCUUCAUUUAAAUUUUGGAAAUGUUUUGUACCGUUCCUAUUUUCUGCACAACUUUUCUCAUUUUUCCUCUUCUUUUUUUCUUUUUGUAAGUUUCAAAGAAAUCUCAGAAGAAUGACCAUCAGUAAUAGGCGUGCAUGAACAUAGUCCGAAAAUUUAAUCUGCAAAUAUUCUUCAUCCUUUUGUGAAGGUGCUCCAAGUGAGCUCACCACCUACUCAGAUUAUUAGCAAAAAAAAAAAAAAAGAGGAUAAAAAGAAUAAAUGAUAAGGAUGAGAAAUAGUAAAGACUUCCUCGGAACAAAAGGCCAUCAAUAUAUCAGUAAUAUCAUCUCAGUGAUAAAGAACGUGAGAGGAAAGUUAAAAGUGAAACAAAGUGUAUAUUUUGCUCUUUGUGCAUGCUUAAAAUACCUCAACCAGUGGAAGUUAAUUGUGAGGACCACCAGACAAAGUAUGAAAUCAAGCAUUCUGAUACAUGUUCCAUAAUCAAAAUUUCAUGUAGAACACAUUUCGCGCAACGAAAAUUACUGAAAUUAACUCCUAACCAAGAGAUUUAAUGUUUCUUGAAGCGUGAAUUCAAACCUCCCGCUCAUGAAAACUCAAUGGUCUCCGUGAGUCAAAUCGCACACUAAACGUUACUGUGGUAGUCUCUGCAAUACGAAAAUACAGUAGCCUCAAUUAUGACGCUUUGGCUCAGCUAUAACAAAUUGUUUACUUACACUUUGAACGAUAAAGGUUGGGAAAGGAACAGUGCUCGAUCGAGAAGUCUGCCGAAACUGUUGUAAGGCACGAUUUGACUCACGUAGAGUAUUGAGUUUCUUUUGGCCGGGCAAUUUAAAUUUCCUGUAACCAAUGUAAAAUUAAAACGUCAUUAUCUUAGUUAGGAGUUGAUUUCAGUAAUUUUUGAUACAAAAAUCGUGUUUUCCGUGACAUUUUGGUUUAGAAACGUAUAUCAGAGUGCUUAAAUUCGUACAUUGUCUAUGCAUUGGCCCAUUAUGCAUUUUAAGCACGAAAUACCAUAAUAAAGGUUAGCAUCAGGAAAAUUCUAUUUUUGAUCAUAAUUGCACUCGUUAGUACUCCAACCAUUUUUUAUGUAUUUUCUAAGGAAACUUUUUUUUUUUUUUUUUUUUUUUUUUUUUUUUUUUCGUGGUUUGCCCAUGCUUUGAACAUAGUUGACUAUCAUCUAUUGAAAAGCCUACAGGUUGUAUUUACCUCUAAGUGAUACCUAACUUUCAUGUUAUUGUAAAUUGUGACCACUCAUUAUCCCUAGCUGUCGUAAAAUUAAGAUCUUGUUUAAUUCCCUGAAAGUACAAAUUUUAUUUUCUCUCUUGUUAUGUUCCACAUUUUGAAUGAGACAUAGUGUGUUCGUUGCAUAAUUUUAUUCAAUCACUGAUAAGCUUACUUUUAGGCAGUUUACGCACUGAUGAUUUCUAAAAGGUUGGUAGGAGUCAGUGCUCUGAAUAUUCCAACAGAAAAAUAGUUUUACACAUGUUUAUUUCCCGUAUAGAUACAUUUUUAAUAUCAUCAAUCAUUGUUUAAGAGUUGCUAUCAUUUUAUUGCUCUGCAUUUCUUUAAAUCAUUCAGAUUCUUUCGACAGAAUGUUGUCAUUAGCCCUCAAAAUUGAUGGAAACUUCUAAUUUUUCUCCGCUGGCGAGGCAUAUCACUUCCGUAACUCUGUUAUACUUUAUGGUCAUAGUUCAUUCUUGACUCGCUGUAUAAUUCAAUUUUUCAAUUAGUUUUAAGUAUUCAAGCUGAUCAUCUAAUUUCUUCAUCGUUUCAUCCUGUUAACACAUUCCUAUUUCAAUGUUCCACUUUUAAUUGUUCAUAUUAAGAAGAUCGUUCCGACUAAAUACCAUUAUAUUUUUGGAAAUCAAUUGAUAUUUUUUGAAGUAGAUAGUAUAUACUUACCUGCUAAUCAGCCAUGACCUCAAAACGCAUAUUGACGGCCAAAGUGUGACACCACGUAUCUUCAUGGUCCCUACUUCACAGUUGUCUUUAAGCAAAAAAAAAGAAAAAAAAAAAAAAAAAAAAAAAAAAAAAAAAAAAAAACGCGACAAAAAUGUACCCAAAAACGUUUUGCACGGGGUGAGUUUACGGUACGUGUGGACUUGAAAUCGCGAAAAAUCAAAAUCUUAGCUGAUACUAAUUCCGAGAUAUCGCAAGUUAAAAUUUUUAUAUAGUAAAUGCACGUUUUCUACUGACUUUGAUCGAUUUUUACUUAUUAGUCCACUGAGUCAGUGUUGAUCUUUCGAUUCAUGUUGAUUGAAUACAUACCCUCUCGGUACAUGCAGACUACCUGUCAUACUCUUUUUUAUAACUGAACGAUUCGCCUUCCGCUGCGUCUGCAGCAAUUGUUGUUAUAAAUAUUUUGUGCGUGCUGAUUUCAGCUCAUUACAUGCUUGACUCUCUGAAGGUGUCACGUGCGCAAGUAGCGAUUUUAAGUCCUCAUGUACCUUAGACUCACCCCCUGCAAACCGUUUUUGGAUACAUUUUUGUCGCAUUUUUUAUUGCUUCAAGACCACUGUGCCUUUUCAGGAGAGUCAAGAAACAGCUUGACUUUUUUUCCUCCCUAUUCAAUGGUAACAUUUCCCCUAAAAUUAUUGACUACCCCAAUUUAUUGGAUGAUAUGGACAUUUCCAAUUAAUCGUGGUAGUACUGCAACAUUUCGACUAGUAACCGAAUGUAUUGGGGAACUACUACAAUUAAUUGGAAAUGUCCAUAUCAUCCAGCAACCCCGUACUCUUUUUUUCCGUGUCGAUAUAAAAAAUUUAUCGUGUGUUUUGAGUAGUAAUAUCAUACGAGUAGAUGCACGGUGGCCCCUAUGUUAUAUAAGCGCCAGUAAAUCAAAAUCCCUAGUUUUAUAGGUACGCGGGAUCACAUUUAGGCCAUCGGUAUAUGAAAUAUAUAUUUUUGCAUCAGUCACUCUACUGUCCAAAAUAAGAUAGCUGUAACUCAAUUUUAGAUGUUUCUAUUUUUAUCAAACAAAAUAAAUCUUCUAUUAUAAGAGAACCAGCUAAAAUUUAUCUUUAAUUUUUUCAGAGUUACUGUGUCAUAUCAUUAAAAACACAUGCUUGGAAAAAAAGCGCAAAAGUAAUUAAGUUUUCUCGUGAUCGAGAACGUUGUUUAGAUGAGAAUAAGGUGAAGUUUUAAAAACGCGUAUAGAGUAAAAUCAUGUCGUUUUCAUUUUGGACAAAAGCUUUGCUCCUCCAGUUUUUAAAGCAAUGCAUGUUUCUAUACCUAAUUUGUUUGUCUUUCCCUUUUGAAAAGAAAUUGAAUUAUUUUGAAUCAAAAUAAAAAGGCAAAUGUUUACUGAG